UACGAGAUUUACCCACACAAACCAUACUUCUCAACAAAACAUGUUCGAGUGCUUGAAAAAGGAGUACCAGUUGUGCGAAGAACUCGGGCGUGGUAGAUUCGGCACCGUCUACCGCUGCUUCUCGCCGUCCACCGGAGAAUCUUUCGCCUGCAAAACCAUCGACAAGAAUCUCCUCCUGGACCCCACCGACCGCGAGUGCUUAGAGAAAGAGCCCAAGAUCCUCCAACUCCUCGCCGGGAACCCAAACAUCCUUAACCUCUUCGGAGUGUACGAGGGCGACGGCUACCUCCACAUCAUCACCGACCUCUGCGGCGGCGGCGACCUCUACGAGCGGGUGUCGUCGCGCGGCCCGCUGUCGGAGCCGUCCGCCGCCGUCAUUUUCCGGCAGCUCGUGUCGGCCAUCAGGAGUUGCCACCUCGCCGGGAUCGCCCACCGGGACAUAAAACCCGACAACGUCUUGUUCGACUCUCACGGCGGCCUGAAGCUCGCCGAUUUCGGGUCGGCGGAGUGGUUCGGAGGGUACGAUGAUGAGGAGAAUGUGGCGGCGAUGAGUGGGGUGGUGGGGACGCCCUACUAUGUGGCGCCGGAGGUGUUGAUGGGGAGAGACUAUAGCGAGAAGGUGGACGUGUGGAGCGCCGGCGUGAUUCUGUACAUAAUGCUCGCCGGUGUUCCGCCUUUCUACGGCGAAUCUCCGGCGGAAACUUUCGAAGCUGUUCUCAGAGCGAAUUUGAGGUUUCCCACCAGGAUUUUCCGGUCUGUUUCGCCGGAAGCUAAAGAUCUGCUCAGGAAGAUGAUAUGCAAGGACCCUUCUCGACGCUUCUCAGCAGAACAAGUACUAAGUCACAAGGCUGGUGUUAUCAAUGCAUACCUUCAAGGCAUCCAUGGGUUCUUAGUGGAGGAGAAACCAACUCCCUUGAUUGAUCUAGCUCACUUCAUAGGAGGACUACAUGCAAUAUUACAACUAUAUAUAGACUUUUUAAAGAUGGUUGUAAGAAUGUGUGAUGUAAAGAUGCAAGUAUGGCCUAUUUUGUAGACUUAAAAAGGCUAGGCUCUUUCUUGGCCCUAUAGUAAUUUGAGCAAUAAGAGUUUGGGACUGUAUACAUCAAUCAAGCCAUGGGUUUUCUCCUAUGUUUUUGGUUUGAUUAAGAAUCCUAGGUUGAGGGAAGUGCCCACAGAUUAAGGAUCACUUUCUGCAGUGGCUGCCAUGUAUAUAUUAUCCUGGUUUUGCAAAUCUGUGUGGAAAUGUUUAA